AGUUGCAGGAUUAGGAUCGAAGCGCGUCUUUUUGCUAUCUUUGCUGCUGCAGUCAUCCAGGUUUUUGAUCCAUUUUUCUUUUUAAGCCAAUUUCAAAAGUUUUUAGGAUUUUUUAACUAAUUCACUCAAAUAUUUGUUUUACAUUGGGUUCAAUUCAAAGUCUAAUGAUUAAGGUUUUGCUAUUUAGAAGGUAAAGUUUUGAUUAUAAUUUAGGAUACUUUAGUGUUUUUUUUUUUUUUUUGUUUCAUGAAUGCUCUGUUCUAGAAUUUUUUUCUCAUAUUUUGUGAAAAAUUAUCUUUCAAGUGAUAUAUGAAAUUUUCUCAUUAAAAACUCUUAAUAAUUUUGAAGAAAACCACCGGUCCGGAUCAUUGUUUUUGACAUGAUUUUCCGGUUUUUAAGGUGUAACCGGACCGGAUAGUUUCAAGGUCACGGAUAGACCGGUCCAAUCGGAUGGUCGGUCCAUUUCAGUAGAUUAGUAGACUUUUUAAGAAGAUGUCUUCUUGAUUCGACCAAAAAAAAAAAAGAAGAAGAUGUCUUCUUGACUUUUGAUGUGUGAUCUGAAAGUUUGAUUUUUUCGUGCGUUAAAAAAAACCCAGUCUACGUUUCUAUCUUAAUACUCUGAGAAUCCGGCAAAAGCCCAUUUCGACUUUACGAACAGAUUUGAUCCCUGAGUGUCAUAAUAUGAUGACGAUCAGAGAGUUACGGUCGGAAGAAUCAGUUGGUAGUACUUGUCUGCUUCUCUCGCUUCCAGAAGAUGUGUUUGCUGUUACCUCUCGUUUUCUAUCUCCAAGCGACAUUUGCAACCUAAGCUUAUGCUGCAAAAGCCUCUGCGACCUUGUGGAUUAUUCAGAGAAGAUUUGGCGUGUGCAGUGCGAAGUCGUAAAGGUUCUUUCUUUAUCUGAAAUAGUCCAAUGGCGAACAGGGAUCUCUUCUUACAAGGCUCUCUGUCGGUUUCUCGUAGAGGUGAUCAAGCCUCUUGUUGGGGUUUGGGUUCACCAGAACCCUGAACUUGGGAAUGUUGUUUACGUGAUGUCUGGUUUCUUGUCUGUUAUUGGUUGUCGGAUCAUUCCGCAAGAAGUUGGUUCUUUGGGGAUUCAAGAAGGGAGGCUUAUGUGGUCGCCUGUGUUUGAGAUUGUCUCUGAUUUCGAUGGCUCCACCAAGUUCUUCCUCCAUGGAAGAGGCAGAGAAGGAAGUUGCGUGUACCCUGGUUCUGUUACAGGCAUCAUCGACAAGACUUGCAAUGUGCUCUCACUCGAGGUUGAGCCCAGUCAAGAGAAGAAGAGUGGGGUUCCAUUUCAGAAGCUUGAUGAUAGCGAUAGAAGAAACUUAAUAGAAUCAGUGACAAGCCAUGUAGGUCUUCUACAUGAAUCUGAACCAUUAAAUGUAAAGUUGUUUCCCACAAGGAGAGAAGAUGAAGAAGGGAUGUUGUUGGAACGUAGAACCAUGCUCCUUAAAAUGCACAAGUUUGGUAAGAACUGGAAGCACAUGAACCUGGAGGAGGAUGGGUUGUGUUACAAUCCUACGCAGGUUGACAUAAACGAGAUGGGUGCUUCUCCAUGUGUGAAUCUCUCGAGCUUUCUUAGCGCUGGUGACACAUUUGGCCUUAGUCUCAAAGCUUCCUACACUGAGAUGUCUUCUUACAAAGGGUGGCCACGAAUGGACCUAGACCGCUUUUGCCUGCAUAAACUACCAAUCAAGAGCCCUGGAGAUGACCAAGAGUAUGCUGGUUUGUGGGGAGGAACUUUUGGGUGGCCACCUGGGAGAUGUAAUGAAGAUGAAACACGUCAUGCUUUUUAUCUACUGAUGCUCUCUUACGAAGAAUCUAGAAAGAGCAAUGGGAAACGUCUUGUUGGGACGAAGAUACUCGAAGGCACUGACUAUGUGGAGCAUCCCAAUGGAACAGCAAUGUUUGUUGUGGAUAUAGACGACACACCUUCCCUUGAGCCCUUUCCGUUUGAUGCAGAUGGAAGAGACUUUGAGCAUUCUUAUAAAGGAAAGGGUAUCUCAAAUGGUUAUGGUUUCCGUUAUCCUGGUUCAAAACCUGGUUCACUUUACGUGAUCUCUGAUGAUCAUCUCGCGUUCGUUUGGCAUGGAACUAAAGAUGUGUUUACUUUGAAAAGACUAGACCUUGACCAGAUCAUGAAGAAAGGUUUUGGUUUAUGGGUGCCUCCUCUGCCUCCAGUUGAGAACUUUACUUAUAUGGAAACGUCUUACACAAACGUGUUUACCAAGUCAUGAUGAAUCUGUUCGUCUUCUUCCGGGCAGUGUUGGAAAAUGGAUCACUCUGCAACAGAUACUCAAAGCUCUCUCCCAUAUCUUGUCUUGUUUCUGCGAUAUAAACUCAUUAUUGAAUGUCUUGUGUCAUCAUUUGACUCUUGCAUUUACACUCACAAUAAAGGAUAUCUCUAAUGUUUCUGAGAUUUUACUUUUAUUUAUUUCAAACAAUACUUUAACAAAACUUGAAUUUGUGUAAUUUUCUCUUUAGUUCAUUCAACAAUACAAUGUUUUAUACUA